GCGACGACAGCGGCAGGCCGAGGGCGAGCUCACCGGCUCCCUCUCCCCCUUCUCCUCCGCCCCUGCAGGACCAUGCGCUUGUGAGGGAUGGGGCGCCGCACCCGGAGCCCAGGCCUGAGCCACGGCCUACCUCCCCCGACCGGGGCCAGGCCCACCACCACCGGAACCGGGAGCGCUUCGCCACCAUCCAGUCAGCACCUUUGGUUACGAGGCAGAUCCAGGAGCAUGAGCAGGACAGCGAGCUACGAGAUCCGAUGUGGGGCUUCAAGCGGAUGCGGCGGCAGCACCAGAAGCAGCUGAUGGCGUUGGAGAACAAGCUGAAGGCUGAGAUGGACGAGCACCGGCUCCGUCUGCAGAAGGAGGUGGAGACGCACGCCAACAACGCCCACAUCGAGCUGGAGAAGCUGGCCAAGAAACAUGCUCUUCAGCUGGACAAGGAGACGAAGGCGGCAGCUGCUGAUGAAAAGAAGUUCCAACAGCAGAUUAUGGCCCAGCAGAGGAAGGAGCUGACCACCUUCUUGGAAAACCAAAAGAAACAGUACAGACUCUGCAAGGAGAAGAUCAAAGAGGAGAUGAGUGAGGACCACAGCACACCCAAGAAGGAGAAGCUGGAGAGGUUGUCCAAGCACAAGGAGACCAUGCAGCAUUCCCAGGCCGAGGAGGAGGCUCAGCUGCUGAGCCAGCAGAGGGUGUUCUACGAGCGCAACUGCCGCGCCUUCAAACGCAGGAUUCUCAGCAGGAAGCACGAGUUCGAGCAGGAGCAGAUGAGAGAGGAACUGAACAAGAAAAAGUCCCAGAAGGAGAUGGAGCACGCCAUGCUAAUCCGGCACGAUGAGUCCACCCAAGAGCUGGAACAGCGGCAGCUGCAUAUCCUGCAGAAGCUGCGUGUGGACCUCAUCCAGCUGCAGCACCAGACGGAGCUGGAGAACCAGAUGGAGUACAACAGCCGCCGGGAGCGCGAGCUGCACAGGAAGCAUACCAUGGAGCUCCGACAGCAACCCAAGAACCUGAAGACUUUGGAGAUGCAGAUUAAGAAGCAGUUCCAGGAUACAUGCAAGGUACAAACCAAGCAGUAUAAGGCCCUGAGAAGCCACCAGCUGGAGGUCUCCCCCAAGAGCGACCACAAGGCCAUCCUGAAGUCAUUGAAAGAAGAACAGACGCGCAAGCUUGCUGUGCUGGCGGAGCAGUACGAGCAGAGCAUCAACGACAUGAUGGCAUCGCAGGCGGUUCGGCUGGGUGAAUCCCAAGAAAUGGAGAGCCAAGCACUGAAGCAGCAGCUCCAGCAGGAGAUGGAACUACUGGAUGCCUACCAGGGCAAGGUCCUCAUGCAAGCCGAGGCACAGCACAAGCUAGAGAAGCAGAAACAGGAGCAGCAGGCAUCGAUCCGCAGGACCCAUCUCGAGCAGAAGAUCGAGGAGGAGUUGGCCGCGCUUCAAAAGGAGAGCACGGAACGGGUGAAGCACCUGCUGGAGCGGCAAGAGAGGGAGGUCAGUGCUUUCGACACCGAGAGCCUCCGCCUGGGCUUUGGGAGCCUCAGCACCCUGGACGUCCCCAUCGAGGACAGCAGAUGAAACCAGACUCGCCGCUAGCGCCUUGUCUGCCCCUCCUCACCCAGGGGCUGAUUCCCCGCCCUGUUCUCUCCUCUCACCUUCCCACCGGACUGCUUAUGGGCCAACCUCAACUGUUGCCAUCUGCUGCCCCCACCCUCACCUCCAGCCAAAUCCCGUUCCACCCCCCACCCCCCCCCCCACCGAGUCAAGAUGCUGGAUUAGUCCCUCCGUUGUCUUUAAACCCAACGUCGUGAUGUCGGACAUGUCUCGUGCAAUUACAGCGAUUCUGGGCGGUCAAACUGGUUGAAAGGUGAAAGCACCAACAAUUGUGGAUGGGCGUUGCUUUGAGAUCAAGCACCGGCGACAACAUGCUUGACAAAAAGAAAAAAAAAAAACACAAAAGUAUUUCGACUUUAAGACACUUGCAGCCAUAUCUUCUGAGCUGCUCCACUUUUGAUAGGUCAUCAGGAAAUUUUUAUUAGGGUCGAGCAAUUUGAUAUGUUUAAAUAUGAUCUCUUUGUGUGUGCAUUGGUAUUUCAAAGAGGUUAACACAGAAAAAAAUACGGCUGGGGGCUAAUGCCCAGAAAUUGGCUAUGUUAAAUUCCGUUUCACCCAUGAGAGUAAAUACCUGUUUCAACACCAUACCCAAGUCCAAGAUGCUAAAGACUUGGUUUGGUCCUGGUAUUUUUAUUGCAAGAGAGGUUUAAAAGGAACUUUUUUUUUAUUAUUAUUAUUUUCAUAUACGUCUUUAAUUGGUCAGCAGAAUUUUGAAGUGCUUUUUAAAUUUUUUUUGGCUUUUUUUGAGUUUUGUUGCUCAGUGUGAUGUUCUAUUUGAAGUAACAUCUAGAUCAUUAUCACAGGUUUAGCCACUUUUGAGCUGUGUAUUUUCUUACAAUGCUCAUAAACUCAUAAAAUGCUUCAUUGUUGCAUGCACUUUAAAGAAAAUUCAGGUUACAGAGAGAAGCAUGAAUCUGUCAGAAGUUUUAAUUCUAUAUUGUAAAUAAACAUGCUCACAGCGUUUUUUCGUUUCCCCGAUAGCUAACAGUAUCUUGCGUUCAUGCCGUAUUUGAUAUGACACUUGAGAUUUUUAACAAUCUUUAUUUGAGAUGUGCCUAUGGAUUGGUUUGUUUUUGAUUAACAAAGCCAACAUUGUUCUUUGUUACGUUAACAGCCAACAUUGUAAAUGAUUUAAUGUUGAAUGUCGUUGGUGUCACCCGGUAACCAUCACUGUUGUAAUGGCAGUGACCAUUGUACUGGAUGUAAAAUAUUUUGAUAAAUAUUUGUAAUUAAUUACCUAAACACGCGAGCCAGAAGCAGGGGUCAUUCAUGUAAUUGUUGUCAGCUCAAAGUCAUUGUAAAGAAGUGCUGUUAAUGUUUGGUAUUUAAUUACAUUAGUGAACAAGGACUCAGUGCACAGAACGCAUUUCUGAGAGCAGAACUGAAAAACACCCGAUGUAGUAAAUAGGAUGCUAGUUUUGUCAGUGGUCAAAAUACAGUAGCUGAUUUCUCUUUUGUAUCUUUGGAUAACAUUCUGAGACAUUUUCUUUUCGUGACUCAGGCGGGUGAAAGUUGAUGUGGCUCUGAGGCAGUUAUUAGGAGGUAAAAGUCCAGAUUGGCAGAAACUCCAGCACCAAGUUAUUUGAAGCGCUGGGCAUUUUUGAACUGCUGAACGUGUUUAUAUUUUCAAAAUCAGCACGUGACCAGCAGCUGAGUCCUCGAUACCAGUAUUGAUGUUCAAGCCCUUUAUAGUCAUACACCGACACUCCACCAGAGGGAGGUGCAGAAUAAUGUUGUAAUUUGGGCUACUAGUGUGCCAACCGAUUCUUGGGACCACCUGUUUAUACCCAAAAAUCAAUGAUCCUUGUGCCACUUGGGUUG